AUGGGCGCUUACGUGCUGCGUCAAACGAGCAGAAUCUCAGUUGAAAGCUUAUGGAGAACCACUGCUAUUUCGGCAAACACCCCUGACGCCUCAGGCCUCAACGGCUUUUUAGGUAUGAAGAAACAAAUGCAGGUACAUGGAACUUCCCCACCCAAGCCACAACAGGGCAUGGGAAGUUGCAGAUCCGAGGGUGGAGAGGGUGAGAGCACCUCUCUAUGCCGCGGAUCCACAGAUUACGGCAGUCUAUCGCGCACUCAGCCGCCAGCCGAGUAA